GUAUCCCAUGAUGCAAAACUGCUCUUUAGUGGAGGACACUGGGACAAUAGCAUCAGAGUGACAUCUCUUACAAAAGGCAAGCUGAUUGGACAGCACAUCAGGCACAUGGAUAUUGUGACCUGCUUGGCAAUAGACUACUGUGGAAUUCAUUUAAUUUCAGGCUCCAGAGAUACCACCUGUAUGAUAUGGCAAAUACUUCAACAGGGAGGAGUGCCUGUAGGCCUGGCACCUAAGCCAUUACAGAUCCUUUAUGGGCAUACUGAUGAAGUUUCAAGUGUUGGCAUCAGCACUGAACUGGAUAUGGCAGUGUCAGGAUCCAGGGAUGGGACCAUUAUUGUCCGCACUAUUCGGAAAGGCCAUAUAGUUGUCCACACCAGCAUAGAAGGAAAGACUACUCUUAAGGAUAAGAAUGCAUUACAUCUCUAUUCUGUCAAUGGAAAAUAUCUGGGUUCUGAGACACUGAAGGAGGAAGUGUCAGAUAUGUGUGUGACUGGCGAGUAUAUCGUGAUGGGCAGCUUACAGGGAUUUCUUUCCAUACGGGAUCUCUACAGCCUCAGUCUGAGCAUCUCUCCCUUAGCCAUGCGACUGCCAAUCCAUUGCAUUUCUGUCACCAAAGAGUAUAGCCACAUCCUAGUUGGCUUGGAGGACGGCAAGUUGAUUAUCGUUGGUGUUGGCAAGCCAGCAGAGAUGCGCUCAGGUCAGCUUUCCCGAAAGCUGUGGGGAUCAAGCAAACGGCUCAACCAGAUUUCAUCAGGAGAAACUGAAUAUAACACUCAAGAUUCCAAGUGAUUGCUGCUUCUACCUUCUCUCAAGGAUUCCAGAAACAUGUUUAAUCUUUGGGUCAUUUUAAAUGUAUGUCUCAACUUUCAGGGACUUGAUUCUUAAGUCUGUUGAAGAUGAACCUGUGGUAGAGGUAUAGUAAUAAGCAUAUGUACUC